GUUGACGCAUACACCCAAAGUUGUCACCAGUGCAUCCAUAGCGGCCUGUAUUCGCUGCGUCUGGCACCUUACAGUUACAGCCCACGAAAGUUCUCCGCCAACCAUCGCUCGAACCCUGCCAGCGCGCCUAGACAGUACAUAUCACGCUCGCAUCAGAUAGCGGGCUCCCGCGAGGGAGCCUGCUGCUCAGAGUCAGCAUUUGGGAGGACAAUCGCUCUCCCCGCUGAUUAAUGCGUGCCUCCACUGGUAGCUAAAAUUGAACGGGGAAAAAAUAGCCAAUCCGCGCCAUGGAUUUUGCAAGUCAGCACCGGCAGCGGGCACGCGAUGCCUUGUCGAACCUAGGUUUUGAUGCGGAGGCGGUCAGCAGCUUUGAUGAUAAGACACUCGACAGGCUCGUCAGCGCCAAAUUCGACUUGCCGGGGCGCCUUCGGGCGGCCACCUGCGACGGCCUCGAGAAAGCUGGACUGGCGCCAGGUGACGUGUGCUUUAUUAUGUCCAAGCUGCAAGGCGCGGUGGCAGGGCCGGGCCCGGGGAGCACGACAACUGGCGGCGACCUGGGACCUGAGAGUGCGGCAAUGGCGGGCGUCAGCGCUACGGAUGCACUGGUCUUCCAGGUCGCCAAGGCCGUGAAACAGCUGAAGCCGAUGCUCGAGCCCCUGCUCCAGCGCGCCUACGGGCCGCGGUCACGCUCAUCUGCGCAGUCCGAGUACCGCCCGGCUGCGCUGCAGUACUACACGGGCGAGCCGCAGCCACGGCAUGCCACGUGCGCGGUGUCGGGCGUCCAACUGCCGGUGCAGGACGUGGUUGCCGGCCACAUCUACCAGCGGCGGUGGCCCCCCACGAAAGGUGUCAAGAUCGACGACCCACCCAACCUUAUGCUCAUGCACCGCGAGGUCGAGCAGCACUUCGACAACUUCGCGUUCACGGUCACCCCCGUGGAACUCAAGGUGGUGCUGCUGGACAAGAAGCGCAAAGACAAGGUGCUGUUUGAGUAUACAGACGACGGCGGGCGUCAGAAAUCGGUGAAGCUGGGCGACCUGGACGGCCGCCUGCUGGCAGUUGCAGCCGGCACAGCGCCAUCAGAGUAUGCGCUGAGCGUUCACGUCGCAUCGGCGUUUGAUCACGCACUGCAGCGGCAGUGGUGCAGUGCGGCGGACAUACCGCCCACUGUUCGCUGCGACAGAGAGCUGUUUCAGGGGUUCCUCCGGGACUCAGCAAGCGGCGGUAGCAGCGGCAGCGGUGGCAGCAGCGGUGGCACAAUGAUGUGAUGGAUGGGAGAUGGGCAUCAACGGUGGAUGGGCC